AAUAUAUAUUAGAUGUAAUAUUAUUUAAACAUAUCUAGAAAAAUCUAUAGAAUCUAUAUAAAUAACUAAAAGUCUAUAAGGGAGUAUAAGUUACUCCAUAUUUUAUUAAUUUUAAAGAGGACAUAAAAAAAGUAAUUAAGAAAGCCAGCAAUUGACAAUACAUCAACAGUCACACAGAUAGACGUCACUGUCAGUAGCAGAUUUGUUUUCUUUCUGCUAACUAUCAAAUUCAAGAAGAUUAGUUAUUUAUUUGAGCUUGUCUCAGUUAAUUUUUUAAUACGACAAAAGUUUUACUAAAUUCGGACUCAAAAUGGCUAUGGCAGUAUUGCAACGACGUGCAAACGUGAGGUUACCCCCAGAAGUAAACAGAACUCUUUAUAUUAGAAAUCUUCCAUACAAAAUCACAGCUGAAGAGAUGUAUGACAUAUUUGGAAAAUACGGAGCCAUCAGACAGAUCAGAGUUGGCAAUACUGCAGAGACAAGAGGGACUGCUUUUGUGGUCUACGAGGAUAUUUUUGAUGCAAAAAAUGCCUGUGACCACUUGAGUGGUUUUAAUGUAUGCAACAGAUAUCUAGUGGUUUUAUAUUAUCAAAGUAAUAAGGCAUUCAAAAGGGUGGAUGUUGAUAAAAAAAUGGAAGAAAUUGACAAACUGAAAACAAAAUAUAAUUUACAUGAUGAAUCUAAGUAAACUUGAGAGUUUUGAGUAAUUCAUCCUCUCUUAAAAUGUACAUACCGUAUUUAUAAGCUUAUUAUUGUAUUUUAUCAUACAAUUCAAUGUAAUCGUAAUUAUUAUUAAGUUA